AUGGUUCAGACAGAUCUGAAAAACCAAGAGAUCAACAAUCAAAUCCUCAAUCUUCUACGAUCCACACAUGCUAGAAUCCAUGAACAAUUGCCUGCAGAGCAUUUGGAGUUGAUUAGUGCUCGUUCGCUUGGUAAAGCCCGAGAGUUGAUUGCAGAGUUCGAACUGCUGCCGAAGCUCCUCGAUGCGUAUUUGCAAUCCCAUCUCGAUGCGCUCAUUCAGAUCUACUUCUCCCAGAAACCCGGCUCUUCAAUAGCGUCAUUAUGCUCUGCAUGUGUAUAUGAGCUCUGCAAGGUCAGAAGCUAUAAGUUUGUCGUCAACUUCUUGUCCAAUGAUGUUCAAACAGGACAAAGAAUCAUUGAGAGGGUCAAGCACCCUGGUGUUGGAGAACACGAGAUGUAUUUUCUUCUUCUAUGGCUCUCCUCUUUUGCUAUUGUGCCUUUCCCGCUAGACAACAUUGUUGCUGCUCUUCAAUCGUAUCUUUACCACCUCGCUAUAAGGAACUUACAAAAAUAUGGCAGUGCCAGUAUGACGCAAAAAUUGAGUGCUGUGUUGCUUUCUCGCCUUCUAUUGAGAAGUGAUGGGAAGGACAUGCUUUUGGGCUACGUCAACGAAUGCUGCUCUAACUGGUCAGAGUUGGAUCACGGCGAGAAACUAGGGCACUUGAUGGCGCUCAAACUGAUUUUGAAGCAGUCUUCAAGUGCUACAGUUGCUAAGCUAGCUCCAAAAAUCUACGAAGACGUUGCCAUGGUAGAUCUCAUGAGCAUCAAGUACCUGGUAGAUUCACUGAUACCAAACACUAAUGUCAUUCUCCUCAUUGCAAUCCUUUCUAGGUUGGCGAAGUUCCACAUUUUGCUGAGCGAAUACGUUAAGGUUUCCGCAAUUGUGAAUAAUCUCAUCAACGACAUAUUCAGUCCAAUGGCUUCUCGCUUUGAUGUCUCACUAAGAGAGGCGAUGGCCAAAAGCUUGAGUAAGAUUGUGUCAUUUCUUCGGCUUCGUGCGGUGAAUUACGCUCAGCAGCUCAUUUGGUAUGCUACUAGACAGCUUCGAAUCCGGGAAUUGGAAACUUGCUCGUCUCUGUACAUCCACGAUAUCACAAUUGACAGCUCUAACUUGUCGGUUGCAAAAUUCCACACAAUAUUGCUAUUUUACGGCUUUCUUGGACUUAGUCGCUCAAUUGACGUCCAGUUCGUUCCUACGCUUCUCUCCGUGGUCAACAAAACUCUCUUUUUGGCAAACUACCAGUAUCCCAUCGUACAAGGGUCUCAGUUGAGAGAUGCAUCGUGCUUCUGCCUAUGGUCUCUUUUUCGGUCUCUUUCUCCAGACGACUUCAAAGAAGUUGCAGAAGACAUCACCAUGAUCCACGAUGUGUGGGUGAACAUAAUCCGAGUUCUUCUCCUCGAUGAGGAUUACUCUAUACGGCGUUGCGCUAUUCCGGUGAUGCAAGAGUUUGUUGGUCGGUUCGGAUCGCUUUUGCCAAUCACUUUCUCGAACAUGAAUGAAGGCAAACAUCUAGUCGAGACUACCGCUAUGCUUGUUGACACUGACAAAAGUGUCUCUGCAAAAGACAUCAUUGAUCACGGGUAUUCUUCGAAGCUUUUCGUGCCCCAUAUUGUGCAAGCGUUAGCUUCUGGAAAUUGCUCAUCUUCUUACUUCUUACGGCUCUCAGGUAUACUUUUGGAGCUUCUCAAUGAGGGGGCCGUACGCAAAGAGCCGGUAUGCGCUUUUCUCACAUCUUUACAAGAAACGGAUAUGGUACACAUGUUGCUUGAUCUGCUAAAGGUUGGUAACAUAAUGUGCCUCAUAACCUUGGGAGAGCUUCUAAAAAGUGGAUACCUCGACUGUAAUACGUCUAAGGCUAUUCUUAUGGACGUUCAGACGAUAUCGUCAAAUCAUCAUGACCCAAUAUUCAAAAGGAUCAGUCUCUUGUUCUGGUAUAGUUCGUGCAUCAUUGCAGGCGUAAAAGAGAAAGGUGUGCAACGCAAAUUCUGGUCUAUUUGGAUAUCUGUGUCGUCUAAUGAGGCCUCUGCAAAAGGUGAUUUAAAGCUACUCAUGCACAAGUGCAUGGAGGCAGUUUCCCUCGUGCCAAUCGAUACCGACACCUUCAACGAUAUCUGUAAGCGAUUACGUUACGGCAAUAUGAUGAUUGCAGGCCUCAUACCGUGGAAUAUACUUACCGAGGAUCAGCUUGAGCAGCAGCUCUCAAUUAUCUCAGAUACGAAAGUCGAUGCUGAGACAAGAGCAACGCUUAUCGAAAGCAAUCCUCGUUUAACUGUCACCGUAGAGGGAAGUACCGUUUACAGGCCAAGUUUCCCUCUUUUGGAACUUCUAGACGACUAUACUUUAACCAAUAAAGGUGAUGUGGGACUGAAAGUUCGCUUGGCCUGCUUGAAACACUAUAGAGAAUUCAUAGGAGGGCGACCACAAGAACUUAAUCUCAGAAAAAAAUCAGCUCGUCUUGCUGGAGAGUCUUUGGAUAGUGUCCGAGCCAUGGCAUUUGCUAUUUUGUAUGGAUAUAACCCCCACGAAGUGAGGACAAUGACCUAUUCUGCCUACUUUCACAAGCUUUUUGAGCUACAUGCUACACUUGAACCGGAAGUGAAGGAGUCCUUCUGGGAGGGAGUCGUGCACUCGUUGGCUGGUGUGAAAGUAUCGAGUGUAUUGGCCAACGAAGCGUUCAAACAGUUUCUCAUAUGGUACGAGAAUGCCUCCCACAGUGAAAGGGAGACUGCUCUAGGUACACUUCUACGUCAACUCAAGCUCCCUAAGCCAUUCGUACAGCUAGAGGCUCGCCAGCAAAAAACGAUUUUGGCCACCGUUGCGUUGUUUGUGAAGUUGUUUGAGGCAUCCAUCACACUAGGCGAAACCUUCAACUACACUGCACUUUUCAUUCGAGCCUAUAACUUGCAACUAGGAAGCACCCUGGCAGUGAGGACCGGCCCAGUUCUUCAGAUACUUUCCCAUUUGAGUCUUUCCAAAGGCGAAGUGGCCUCAAAGGCCAGACAGCGCAUUGUACAAAUCUUCUCUAAUGCUAAGACCACUGCCAUCCGACAUUUAGCACAAAGGGCCCUAUUUGAAGUGGUGAACGACUUGGCGCCCACCAACGAGCAAUUGCUACGUUUCACUCACGAAAGCGUCAACCUUUCGCCGCAAGACUACAAAAAAUUAGAGAGCCAGCUCUUGUGUAUUUAA